AUUCGUUGACGAUGUCAGAUACCCCCGAGGCACUAGCUACCCCUGCCGGUGUCCAAGCCUAUCUCGAAGACACGGCUUUUGCCUCACGCACAGUCGACCUUCUGAAAGGAGGGUAUUCCGCCUUCACGUACAGGAUUCAUCUGCGUACACCUAUCGAUAGAAGAUCGACCUUUGUCCUGAAAUAUACGCCUUCAUAUGCGGCUGCAUCCAUAGGCGAACGCCACACGGAUGCUGCUUUCUGCGGAACGUCAGGUGCUGAACAGAAGUUCGAAGCCGAGGCAUUCCGGCUAUCUCGCCAGUUGUCGAUACGAAGCGGUGAGAUCACCGUGGAGGUUCCCGCCUUACGCCUCUAUGACGAAGAAAAGCAUGUCAUGAUAGUCGAUGACGCUGGAACUGACGCGCGUACCUUGAAGGAGAUCCUGAUCAACGAGAGUCUUCCGACAGCUCUGCUCCAGGAGAUGGGGACUGCACUCGGAUAUUUCCUCAGCCACCUACAUGGAUUGAGCGAGUGUCACGAUGUCGACCUGAGCCUAUUCACGAACAACGAGGUCGGGAAGAUGAUUACAGCUUGGAUGACAUACAGUCGGACUGUCUCCACGCUGACUGGUAAGGACGAGAUUCCCGCGCUCUCGAACCCUCCUCUCGAGAUCUCCGGCGAGAAGCUAGCGGCUUUCUCCAAGCUGGUGGAGAUAAGAUCGAGAGAGAUUCACUCUUCGACUGGUUCGGACGUCAUGACCCAUGGCGACUUCUGGCCGGGUAAUAUAAUGGUGUGCCUUCGACGAGGUGCGAACGGGACGGUAGAGGCCGUGGAAAAAUUGUAUGUUGUGGACUGGGAGGUAGCGAAGAUGGGACUUCCAGGGUUGGAUCUUGGCCAGCUCUGCGCGGAACUGUAUCUCAUCUCGAGAUUCUAUCCCCGUCGCAAGGAGUCUGCGGAAGCAGUGAUAACCUCCUUCCUGUCAACGUACAGGCGGUGCAACAAUAAAGUGGAUCCUGCGCUCGCAGGCGUCACUGUGGGUCACAUUGGCGCGCACCUGGUAACAUUGGGUCCUCGCAUCAGUUGGGGCGGUCGGGAGCAGACCAGGAAGGUAGUACAAGAGGGUGUAGAAAUGCUUACGCUUGGGUGUACGGGCUCUGUGUCAUCGUUACAGGAAAGCAUCGUAGGACCACUCCUGUCUGAGUAGUAGGAUAUAGACUUA